GAGGCCCUGUCAUCCUGAUCGUAGUCGGACAGGCCCUCCGUGUCACCUGUCAGGGUGGUGUCGAUGGAUACUUAUUUAGUCUCCGGGUAGACCUGGCUAUUUAUAAUGUACCGACUGGUCUCACUGACUGUGACUUUGACACUGACUCCCACUGGGUCCGAGGCUCCGCCCCUUUAAUCACUAUAAAUACCCCUUAAUCACCAUAUACAUUCCUUUUAAUCACUAGGGCUGGGUAUUGCCAGAUACCUCACAAUUCAAUUCAAUUCGAUUUUUUAGGUCUUGAUUCGAUUCGUUUUCUAUUUGAUUUGAUAUUGAUCCACUCCAUUGAUCUAUUUGAUUUGCUAUCGAUUCAAAGUACGUGCAGAUGACAAAAAUACCUAAAUAUUAUUUAGAAUUAACCAUUUCAAAAUGAAUUAACCAUUUCAUUUAGGGAUGCACCGAUCCGAUAUUUGUAUCGGUAUCGGUGCCGAUAUUGAAGACAUUUCUAGAUCGGGUAUCGGUGACAAAUGGGCCGAUCCAUAUUUAAAAUUUUUUUUAUUUUUUUUAUUUUUUACGUUUAUGUACAUACUUGAAUCCUAUUCCUACUACCUUGCUGCUUUGAUAAUUGAAUUUCCCACGAAAAUGUUCUCACGGGAUUAAUAAAAGUGUAUCAAUCUAUCUAUUGGCUGAUCUGUUCAGUUUCUAUGCUGUGCGCUGUGAGUGACGUCAUAAACAAGCAACACGCCGUGCGGAGCCUACAGUGCAAAAUGGAGCGAGCAAAAGGAUCUGCUAUCUGGAGCUAUUUUACUUUACCUAAGCCAGCAAGCUCCACGGCUACAUGCAACAGAUGUAAAGUAAAUGUCCCGAGGGGUGGUACUAAACCUUCUAGCUUUAAUACCACAAACCUUAUAAAGCACCUCCAAAAAUGUCACGUGAAAGAGCACUCUGAGUUCGUGGAACAGAAUAAUCAAAAAGGAGGCGGCAUGAAGCAGCUAACCUUAAAGGAAAUUAAGGAAAGAGGAGAAAAGUUUCCCAUGAAUAGUGUGCAGGCAUCCAGAAUCACAGAUAGCAUUUUAAACUUCAUUGUUAUGGAUGGGCAACCGCUGUCGGUUGUUGGAGACCACGGAUUUCGAAUGCUAAUUAGCCACCUGGAGCCACGGUAUAACAUGGUAAGCCGAAAAUAUUUGUCCGAGACGGCUCUACCUGAACUGCAUGGUAAAGUGUGCAAACACAUAUUGGAGAUGGUAAAAGACGUCAAAGCUCUGAGUUUCACGACAGAUAUCUGGAGCUCUGACGUUUCCCCCGUGUCACUUUUGAGUUUAACUGCACACUGGCUGGAUGAGAGUUUCGUGCCACACAGUGCAAUGCUAAAUGCAAAGAACUUUCGCGGUUCGCACACCAGUGACGCGAUUGCAGCUACUCUAAAAGAAAUGCUUGACAAGUGGCAAAUUCCUUUAGAUAAAGUCCAUGUCAUUCUGAGGGACAACGCAAGCAACAUGCGAAAGGCGAUGGACAACAUGAAGGUGCGUAGUUUAGGCUGCGUUGCACAUACACUGCAUCUCGUUGUCAUCGAGGGACUGCUAUCACAGCGCGCUGUGAGUGAUGCCGUUGCAAGUGGGAGACAGAUUGUUGGACACUUUAAACAUUCCCCGCUUGCUUAUUCACGGCUGCAAGAUAUCCAGCUUGAGAUGAAUCUUCAAGCAGGACGUCAAAACCAGGUGGAAUAGCACCUACUUUAUGAUCGCGAGUCUGGUGGAACAGAAACGAGCACUGUCUGCUUAUACUGCUGACCAUGACCUGCCCUCAACACUCACGGCAAACCAGUGGGCCUUGCUUGAAAAAACAAUGAACUGUCUAGAACCGUUUGAGGAGGAAGGAAGGUGAGCUCAGCCACAUCCUCCACUGCUGAUGUUAUCCCAAGUGUCACCGAUCUGAAACGUGUCCUCUCCAUGGAAACCGAGGCUGACUCUGGGAUUAAAACCAUGAAAAGGACGCUCUUAGAAGCUGUUGACAAGCGCUUCAGCACCGUGGAAGACGAACCUCUGUAUGUACUUUCCACACUGUUGGACCCAAGAUACAAGGACAGUUUUUUCACCAGAGCAGACUCUGCCAAGCGGGGGAAAGAUGCACUGGCUAAGGAGCUGGAGGAAGAUGUGAGGACCACCACUGCUGAUGGAGCAUCAACGGCUUUGGAGCCACCAGGAAAGGCCCCCCGAGUGGAAACAGCGGGAGCAGCAACUCCACGCAGCAGCAGCAGCAUUUGACAAAAUUCGGGGGGAAAGAGAAAAAGGUCCUGGUGCAGCAAGCAGCUCUAGUACUGCUGCACAAUUGCAUGGAUAUUUUACAGAGGAAACAAUUCCUAUCACAGAUGACCCAUACAAAUACUGGGGAGUCAACCGCCAGCGCUUUCCUGGCCUUGCUGCUGCUGCCUUAAAAUACCUCAGUGCACCCUGCACUAGCGUUGAAAGUGAAAGGCUUUUCAGCACAGUCUCCACCAUCAUGGACGAGAAGCGAAACAGACUCACUGCAGAGAGAGCAGAAAUGCUUGCUUUCCUAAGCAAGAACCUGCCAGUGAUGCUUAAGCCUGAGCUUGAGAAGCUUGAGAAAUCUGCUGGAGCAGGUCACUGACACUGAUACCUCAAUUUUUUUUUUUUAACAAGCUAGAGAAGCUAUUGUUUUGUUCAGAUGCUUUUGCACUAAAGGUUAUAAAGAUAAGAUAAGAUACCUGUUUUUUUGUAUUUGUUUUACCAAGCUAGAGAAGCUAUUGUUUUGUUCAGAUGCUUUUGCACUAAACGUUAUAAAGAUAAGCUAAGAUAAGAUAAGAUACCUCUGUUUUUUGUAUUUGUUUUACCAAGCUAGAGAAGCUAUUGUUUUGUUUACCAGGCCUACCUCUGUUUUUUUUUUAAUGUUUACCAAGCUAGUGAAGCUAUUGUUUUGUUCAGAUGCUUUUGUUUAUUUGCACUAAACUAUAUAAAUUAUUAUUAUUAUAUUAUUUAUUUUGUUUUACAUUGUAUUUUGAAUCUGUUUGCACCGACUGAACCAGUCACAAUAUAUAUUUAUGAUUACAAUUGUUUUACUGGUGCAUAAUUAUUUAAUAAAUAAGUAAUUCAAUUAAUUUACAUCUGUUUAUUUGUUUUUUGUUUUUUAAAUAGGAAAUGUUUAAGUCAAGUCUCAUGAUCCCAGUCUUUUCCCCUCAAUGAAACUUACAGUUUGUAGCCAUAAUUUCGCGCUGUUUUUCUAUAUCGGUAUCGGAUCGGUAUCGGCCGAUACUAAACCUCAGAUAUCGGUAUCGGUAUCGGAGGUGAAAAAAGCGGAUCGGUGUAUCCCUAAUUUCAUUGUGCUUUAACUAGCAAAAUGGGAAUACACCAUUGUUUAAAACUGUUCCUGAGCUAAACUUGCAACAUAAAGGUAAUCAUCAUAACAUCGAAAAGUGUAAAAGGGCAUGUACAUUUAGCAAUACUCGCUUCUAGAUUACAUUGACUGAGUAUGCCUCAUUUUGUGGAAAUCACAAAAAUUCUGAAUCGAAAUUGAAUCGAGAACAAAUAAAUUGCAGUGCAUUGAUGAAUCGAUAUUUUUAGCUAGCCCUAUUAAUCCCCGUAUAUAUACCCUUUAUUCACCCUGUAAAUACCCUUUUAUCACCCUUUACAUACCCUUAAAUUAAAUUGGAUCAUUAGACGAAACCUUAUGCAGCAAGGACCACCACCGCGAUACAUGUGUCAAUCAACCGGACCGGAGGUGUGUAGCGCUACCAACUACAAGGCCAUCUAAACAUUGUGUGCACACCUAGGCUGUUUCCCAAUGUCAAGGAAGCAUGCUCAACGGCCGCCCUUUUAAGGACGCUACGUCAUAGAACGCCGACAAGCACUGUUCCAAUGUUGAGAAGCCGCGCCAUUUUUGCGUCCUUUGUUUUUGAGAAUUCCGAGAUUUUUCAAGGAUGCAUCGCUUCAUCCUAGAAGAGCCAAAACUACCCACAAUCCUCUGCGUUCACUGGGCGGGUUCUUGAAAAUGGCAGAGCAGUACACGUUAAAAUGAAGUGAAGUUAUAUUUAUAUUUUGUGCCGUAUUGCUUUUUAUAGAUUCAUCAUGUUAAUGCAAAUAAUCAAGCCUAAAAGACCUGUGCCACUUUUCAAACGUUUUUGCAACUUAAUGAUACGUUGCUAUAUUUUGCAUGGACGUAGCUGGUGUUAAACACCACUGUCACCAAUGUCAAUUUACUCGCUCACAAGAUUACAUUAUUUAUGGAUGACUGUUCGUGUUGAAUCGUUUUUUUUAGGGUCAGCCCAGCAAACGGAGGCUUUUGUGCGCCUUAGGGUGGCGCACAAACAUUUUCACCGGUGGAAGGGAUAGUCACAGGGACAGCCACUAUCCAAUGUUGUAAAAUUAAUGCACAACCGAUCAUUUGCAAUGUUUGUAAUUUUGAAUGAACGUAUAUAAUUGUAUUUUAUAUGAUAUACUUAUGUGUUCAAAGCACUGGUAGAUUGUAGGCAUAUAUGAAUGAAUGAAUCAGAUCAGUUAAAUAAUAUAUCUAAAUAAAUACACGUUUAUCAUCUCUUUCUUUGUCUUUUCCCCCCUGCAUAAUAGUAAUCAACCGUACUGUAAAUGUGAUGCAUGAAUUAAGUUCUCAGACAAUUUCACUUAGUUUUAUAAAAAUUGAAUGGAUUUUCCUUUUAAUAAAGACUAUUCGAUCAACCGCAACAAAGCUUUUGUGACUUCCCCAAAGAGGCUCCGUGCGAAGGAGACAUGACCGUAUUCAUAAUAGACAAAAGUCAAAUAAAUAUCGAUCAGCUUGAUUGCUGCCAUGUUUUAUUCAUAGGCGCACAUGUGUUUACAAGCGGACACGCAGUAUUAAAAAACGGAAGCGGAAGCGCUUCCACACUACCAAGUCGUUCCAAAGUCUGAACGUUACAAACGCUAGGAAGCACUCGAGCUAGCACUCUAUUCUCGUCUCCAUAGGACGCGACUAGCAAGGACGCGUCCUAGCAAGGCUGCAGCCUUCACUUUGGGAAACAGCCCUAGACUAUAGAGUGGCGAAGUCACGCCCCUUCCGGUAGAGCUCAUGGGACCUAUGAGAUCGAAAAAUAUGAAUGGGUGUCAAUGGAGAGAAAAUAAUUAUUUUCUGGUCCCAGUCUUUAUAUGCCCUGGAUUACACAUAUUUUGUUUGUGGAUUUAAAUGAUAAUUUUUCAUGCAAAGAAAAUUAAAAAUGUUCGUGAAGAACUUUGAUAAUUUUAGGUUUUAUGUGAGGCCGCUUUGUGAACUACAGCUCUUCGCUGCUCUCGACGCAUAUGGUAUACGUCACCACACCCGCACAUGGAACUCGGCACAGAGAUGGCGAUCUCUCUGCUCCACUUCACCACUUUUUUUCAAGGCGAGGAUAAAAGCAUAGAAAGAGGUGAAAACCACUAUAAUUCGGGGCAUGUGGAGAAUUUUAGUUAUGUGCCAUCUCGAUGUGCCUUGCACUCUAUUCUCGUCCAAUCUAAAAUGAUCAAACUUCUUCACGAAAAUGUGUAGUUUUAUUUGCAUGAAAAAUUAUCAUUUAAAUCCACAAACAACAUAUGUGUAAUCCAGGGCAUAUAAAGACUGGGACCAGAAAAUAUCAUUGAUAUUUUUCGAUCUCAUAGGUCCCAUGAGCUCUACCGGAAGGGGCAUGACUUCGCCACUCUAUUGACUGAAAUCCAAUGCAUUGGUUCGAACUGGUAUUUGAAUAAGUUGUGGGUGGGCAUAUCUGUGAGAGGUUUAUUCAACCAGUGGGUUUUAUUGUGUUGAAUAUGAAUUCUGAAACAAAGUUGCAUAAUGAAGGUACAGUGGAAAGAAUACGUUUAUGCACCCAUGCUAAAGUUGACUAAAAAGAGGAGAUAAAAAAAAUCAUCUUUUGGAAAUCGAUCUGGAUGCCUUAAUGCUGCAUUCGACACUGUAGACCAUACAAUACUUUUGGACAGGUUAGAAAACUGGGUGGGGCCAGUGCAUUGAGCAAGUGAAAGACUGGAUGUGCCGAAAUUUCCUUCAGCUAAAUGAGGAUAAAACGGAGAUAAUUGUAUUUGGUGCUAAAACGGAAAGUCUUAAAGUAACCCAACACCUUCACUCUCUGUCCCUGAAAACCUCAAUCAAAGCCAGAAAUCUAGGGGUUAUCAUGGAUUCUGAUUUACAUUUCGAAAGUCACAUCAAAUCAGUUACAAAAUCUGCAUAUUAUCACCUUAAAAAUGUAGCAAGACUUGGAGGGCUCAUGUCCACCGAAGACUUACAAAAACUUGUACAUGCCUUUAUCACUCGUAAGCUUGAUUACUGCAAUGGUCUCCUUACAGGUCUCCCAAAACAAACUCUAAGGAAGCUUCAGCUUGUUCAGAAUGCUGCUGCUAGAGUUUUAACAAAGACCAAAAAAUUUGAACAUAUUACACCAAUUCUUAAAUCGUUACAUUGGCUUCCUGUAGGUCAGAGAAUUGAUUUUAAAAUCAUGUUGCUAACCUAUAAAUCUCUACAUGGUUUAGGCCCAAAAUAUUUAACUGAUAUGCUUCCACUACAUAAGCCUUCUAGAACACUAAGAUCUUCUGAGACCAAUCUGUUAAUUAUCCCCAGAGUAAACACGAAACAUGGGAAAGCAGGAUUUAGUUACUAUGCAACAAAUAAAUAUGCAAUAUAAAUAAAUGUUCUUCAUUUGCAUAAGUAUAGGAACCCCUAUGUUCAAUUCCCAUAGAGGCAGGCAGGUUUGUAUUUUUAAAGGCCAUUUAUUUCAUGGAUCCAGGAAAAUAUGCAUCUUGAUAAAGUCACCAAGGCCUUUGGAAUUAAAAUAGCCCCACAUCAUCAAAUACCCAGAGAUUGGUAUGGUUUUAUUUCACUGGGUAUGGUGAAGGGCCUCUGCAUUGGGCAUAUGAGCAAGGAUUGCGAGAAGCGCUUGACAUGCGAGGUGUGCAGCAAAAACCUUCCCAGCGUCCUUCACAUUAAUUGGUGAUAGAAAGCCACACAGACUGUAAACAGCCCAAGGAAACAUGGGUGUGCACUGGUCUCUCCGCAAACAUGUGGUCAUACAGGGGCCGGGAGAACUGAAGGGAUUCUAUCCAUCUGAACUACCGGCUCAGGUGUAGUCCAGCAAAGGAGACAGUCAUUCAAACCUAUACAUUCCUUGAUCAAGGCAGUACACAUGAUGAUGCCUGUAAGCACAGAUAACAUCAAAGAAGAGGAACUGGCUAUGUGAGCGUACUUGGAUGGUAUUGGUGUUCCUCGCGUCCAAGCUGACGUGGAGUUGUUGACAGGCACCAAUGCCUCCAAAAUGCUUGAACCCUGGAAAGUAGUAAACAGUCAUGGAAAUGGACCCCCAUGCUGUUAGGAUGGGUUACAAUGGGCCCCUUUAAGGAUGCAAUGAGAAAGAAAUGUGACAGUGGCCACCGUGCUGCCUCUGUUAAGUGGAAGUAGCAGCGUGGUUGGAGCGUGAAAACAAGGAACGUGAACAGAAGCAAUGAUUAGAGAGAGAAGAAUAGAAAACAACUGAGUCAAGAGGAGGCCGAAAUCAAUUGCAACACAGUCGAACAGCAGAACUAGUUCAAUGGAACAGUGUCGGUUCCAUCAAAUAUCGUUGAGCCAACAGUGGAUAAAAAUAAAUAAUUCUAACUGUUUGAAUGAAUGCAUUUGUUAUAGCUUUAUGCAACAUUUCGGAAAUGUGUCUAAUAGAGCUGUCAAGCGAUUAAAAUAUUUAAUCGUGAUUAAUCGCAUUAAUGUCAUAGUUAACUCGCGAUUAAUCACAAAUUAUUUUUCAAUGCUAAAUAUCCCUUGAUUUUUUUGUCCCAUAAUUCUUCUCAUUUUAAUUCUCAUGUUGAAGUGCAUCGGCUUGCCUUGUGCAAAUGAUUUUUUAUUGAUAACAACAUUGGCAUAUACUGAUCAAAACAGGACGAUACAAAAAAAGAGCCUAUAGUGCAAUUAAACGACUGCUUUGAACAAAUGUCAUUUGAACAUAGCAGUCAGGCUACUGCUUCUUUGUUUUGAGCCAAAGAAAAAAAAAAAAAAAAGAUUUUUUUCUUUUUUUUAAAUAAAAUAAUUGCGUUAAUCUCGCGAUAAUUUUUUUAACGCCGUUAAUAACGCGUUUAACUGACAGCUCUAGUGUCUAAUCCAAUGUUUUGGAACAGUAUGAUCAAACCUAGCUGAGCCAGCUAGGUUUAGACUAAAUGCAUUUUUGUUAUUGCUUUACCUCAAUAGUAAUACAGUUUUUAAUGAAUGACUCCAUCCAUGCUUUGUGCUGUUCUGUUGUUUGUCGACUGGUUCUAUGAUAUUUUGAAGUUGUUUGUAUU